AUGGAAGCGCUCUCCCCUCGAUCAACGAAUCUUCCACUGCAGAGCAAACCGUCUGCAGCGCAUCGAAAGGUGGAUCGUCACGCCCCUCCGGCUCCUGCGGCCGCAAAGGCUGCACCCUCUAAGAUUCAUGCGCCGCCACCACCUUCGAUCGUGAGGGAGCCUGGGGAAGAUGGCGAGGAAUACUCUACGGGAUUGUUUCUCGGGAAGGGAGGCUUUGCAGUUUGUUAUGAAGGAAAGCUUGUGCGCAAUGGCCGGGUGUUUGCGCUGAAAGUUGUUCGAUCUGAAAUGACGCAAAAAAAGAUGGCCGAGAAGUUUCGAACCGAACUGGAGAUUCACUCCAAAUUGCGACAUCCGAAUAUCGUCCGCUUCCAUCGCGCGUUCGCAUUUUUCGACUGUACAUAUGUGGUGCUUGAUUUAUGUCCCAACGGCUCUGUAAUGGAUAUGGUUCGAAAACGAAAGUCCCUGACCUUGCCUGAAGUACGACGAUUUAUGAUACAGCUUUGCGGCGCAGUAAAAUACCUACAUAAGCGAAACGUUGCGCAUCGUGAUCUAAAGAUGGGGAACUUGUUUCUGGAUCGAAAUAUGGACAUCAAAGUUGGCGAUUUCGGAUUGGCAGCGAUGAUCUUGUCGGAAAAAGAGGCGAAGAGGCGACAAACACUAUGCGGAACUCCCAAUUACAUUGCGCCGGAGGUUAUCGAUAGAAGCAAGGGAGGGCAUAACCAGAAAGUGGACAUAUGGUCGUUGGGUGUGAUCUGUUUCGCCAUGCUUGCAGGCUUCCCCCCUUUUCAAUCAAAAACACAAGAAGAAAUCUACAAAAAGGUCAAGAAUUUAAACUACGUCUGGCCUAAGGAUAAUGAAUGUGCAAACGAUAUUCCGAUAGAGGCAAAAACCCUCGUGAGCUCUUGCUUGAAUCUGGAUGAAGAAAAACGGCCCUCAGCGGAUGAGAUUGUCGACCAUGAAUUUUUCAACAUGUAUCCCGGCUGCAUUCCUCGUUCUCUUGAUCCUGCAUGUAAACAAAUGAAACCGGUCUGGCUGAAGAUGGAAGAGCCCCAAGGAGAUCGUAUGAUACAAGGCUACAGCUUGGAAUACGAGAGCAAAUACCGAAGCAAAGCCGCACAGAUUAAGGAUCCUCGAGAAAGAUAUGCAUUUUGCAGAGAAGCAUUUUACACCGAAUGCGGAGUUGGGUUCAAACGAGAUGGAAAUCCUCGCAAAUGUGCCGGCAAAGGUUCUUCCAAGACUGUCUUUUCAGAAACAACUGCCGAAUCGGACAAGGGAUUUUCGCCUGUUAUUCCUCUACCGACCGACUUUGUGUAUAAAUAUCCCGCCUGGUCUGACGGUGAUUGGAGUGUUCCCGAUAAUGCCGUUCCAUCAGCAACCGAUUUUAGCGACUCCAAUAGUUCCGAUGAUAGCAGUGACCGAUUGACUCCAUCUGACUUGCCGGAGAAGAUGAAUGCAGCCUCUGUAGCGAGAACGCAAGCUGCUCUUGCUGCGGCGCAGUCACGACGAUUGGAAGCAAAGCCAAAGAGCCACGCAGCCACGCUUCGUCAACAAGCAUUGCCUCUUCGCACAUCAAGUCGAAGUGCUUCCACAAUGCGAGCGCCGCCAACAAACACCGCCAUGAUGCAUACUAGGCGGAACCCAUCUGGAUCUCGUGAUUUACCCCCAGAUUCUCCUCCUAAAGGCCUAGCCCAAAGGCCUGUCAGGAUUCCCCGCGGGGUCGCUGCCUCGUACUCGGCGUCUAUCCGAGACCUUGACAGGCUCGUUGCUCCUCCAAUGCCUAAAUCUGACAGUGUACCUGACAAUCUUGGAAUGGGUAAAACGCGGUCCCAAUCACGUCGACAGUAUGAGGCCGCUAUUGAUAGAGCUCCUCUGCCUCCUUUCAGCCAGGAAGAGGUGCGGUCAGCUACGCCAUUGAAUGAUAAUAUGAUUGCAGAACUACCUCGGUCAAGAACCAUGCGAGCGCCAGGCUCGAUACAACCCGAGAACCGCUCAGAAACUCCAAUAGAACAACAGCCCAGAUUUAAGGCCUCAAGACCACCACCCGCAGAAACUGCGCAAAGCCAUGCACGAAACUCGAGCAAGUCGAGUACAUCUUCCAACAAACCCCGGUCAACGCUAGGGGUCAGUCCUCUUAUACACCCGAAUGAAAAAUUUGAUCUGAUACCCCGAUCUUCUCCAGAGGAUGUCGUCGUGGAUAUCAAGCUUAUGCUUCGCAAUAUGACACCAUCGGCAUCGCGGACAUACCGUUCCCAGCCUAAGCGCCGUCCUCAUUCAUAUGUCAUCAAAUGGGUGGAUUAUACAAAUCGCUAUGGUAUUGGAUAUAUAUUAGACGAUGGUACUGUUGGCUGUGUGUUCAAAGGAGAGCAUGGCCAAGCGGCCAGCGGUGUCAUCUUGCGAGACGGAGAGAAGCAUAUUCGACGGAAAUCUCGAUGUUUAGAGAACCGGGACCAGUAUGUCUACUCGGAGGUAGACCAACUCGUGCCACGGAACGGGAAGCCUAUAGAAUUCUACGAGAAUAUCGAGCAGGCGUCUGCGGAAGUUCGUGGCAUGAAGCGUGUUUUGGUGCGACCUGAGAAUUUCGAAGUCAAGGCCUCUAGUAGUGGAAAUGGGGCCAUGGGAAUCAGGGUCAGAAGUGACGUUGGACCUGAGCAAGCCAAAUCCGAGGCAGAAAAGGUGAAGAGAGUGAAGCUGGUUGAUCAAUUCGGCAAAUAUAUGAUUGGAUCGUUGGGUAGACACGGAGCAGAUGAUCUGAACGAUGAGCCAAGCCUGUCAAGAGAAUCCGACGUCUGCAUCAAAUUCUACCAGCGGUUGGGCAAUGUUGGCGUCUGGGGUUUCGGCGAUGGCGCUUUUCAGUUCAACUUCCCCGACCAUACCAAGCUUGUGAUUUCACAUGGCAAGAGCAGAGGCUCGUCUCCAUGGAUCGACUUUUACCAUCUAUCGCCAUCUGCAGCAAGGUAUUUGUCUGCCAAAGGCAAAAUGCACCCUUCCGGAUUUGAUACUCGCGCCGUUGCUUCAGACGAAGCGGCAACAUUCCUGGCCGUGGCCAGUGACUCAGUCGAGAAUAGCGGAGAUGACCGAUUACGCGAUGUCCUCCAGGCCAAUGGUUUCAUGCGCAAAAUGAAAUUCGUCAAGGAAGUACUCAGCACUUGGGUGUAUUACGGCCGUCUUGGAGGCCGACCACCCACAUCUACCAACCCAAGCGGCGCCAGUGCGCAACCCACCGAAAUCUUCUGGGAUGGUCCACAGGAACGUCCAUCCAGCGGAGUAGGGAAAUACGUUUGGGUAACAGUAGGAGCCCAGGGUGGGGAUGGAGAAUAUAUUUGCAUGGCACCUAACAUCCCUUCCGCAACUGACCGAGACGCUGGCCUUGCUUCUUCAACCACAACCUCGCCACAAAAACAACGAUAUCAACAACUUCCCAAUGGAGCAAGCCAGCGACUUGACAGGACUAUGCGAGGAGGAAUUGAGCGGACUUGA